AUGGUCUCCAUGGUCGAGUCUGCCCGUCCUGAUCACAAUGACUCGGUCAUGGACCCCGUGCCCAAGUCUGAACCUUUGCCAGAUGGCUCCAUCAGCUCCGCCGUCUCGACCCCCGACCCGGAGGUCGAACCCUUGACUCAAGACCCUGCCCAGACGCAAAAGCGCAAGGGAGGAAGAAAACCUAUCUACGCCACUUCUGAAGAGCGCAAACAGCGCAACAGACAAGCUCAAGCAGCUUUCCGCGAACGUCGCACCGAGUACAUUCGCCAACUUGAGACCACCAUCAAGCGGAAUGAGGAAUCCCUGCAGAGCCUACAGCAGAGCCACCGCAGCGCUGCCGACGAAUGUUUAAUGCUGCGCUACAAGAACUCCUUACUGGAACGCAUCCUCCUCGAGAAGGGCAUCGAUGCUACACCGGCUCCUGGCCCUCGCCCGGUUCAAAGGCACCCAGCUGGUCUCACCUCUAAGCCCGACGCCUUCGCCAUGUCGCAGCGCGAAGGCGCCUACGGUGUCCCCUCGCCGCAGUUCCAAGCCACCCCAACGUCGCACGUUUCGUCGCCGUCGCAUACCAAGUCCCCCGGGUUUGGAUUCCAGGGUGCCAUGUCCCCUGUCGGUGUGGACCAGCAAGGCGGUCGCCCGCAGCUGCUCCCGCAGCCUCGGACCUUCAACAACCAGACCUCACCGCCGGCUAUCAGCAUGCCGCAGACUGACCCCACGGACCCUAAAUCUCGCGGAGCUCGUGGUCAGCGAGUUGCUGCUGCAUACUAUCCUUCUCCCUUCCAAAAACAUUAUGACCAACUCGAGCAAGAGUAUGAUGCACAGGCCGAUAUGGUCGACGACGACCACGACGGCUCAGUGAAUGCCUCCUAUAUGCCAGGUUUUACUCCGCAGUCUGUUGCCUCCGGCUCGCACAGCUUAUCCGGAUUUAAUCCACCCCCUGGCGGGGACAGUGCAGCCGGCGACUUCGGCACUGCGAACCAAUUAUUGGGCCAGUAUGAGCCCAUGCUCGAUGCAGACCCCUUUGGACUUAGUGCGAGCAUGCAUUUCCCAACACCAUUCAACUACGAGCAAAAUCAUCCUCGCAAUUGA